AUGAGGCGAGUUUCCUCCCGAGACCCGAGAACUGACCCGACACGGACCCAGCAGCUGUUGCCUCUGACCCGGUCUGACCACAGUCUUUGUAUCACUCCUCACUCCUCCACAGGGAGAGGGCACAGCCUCCCAGCCCAGAACAGAGAUGCGUUUCCUGCAGGCUCCCUCGGGCCAUACCCCCCUCCCACCACCACAGGCCCCUGCUGCUCCGGACCUCCCCCGCACUAUAGACUGGAGCUGCUCAUCCUUCUGCGUACCGGUAAUGUGAUUUGGGAGAGCAUUUCAUCCUCUUCCAUUCCUCUCCCUUCCCUUUCCACUCCUCCUCUUCCUCUUUUUCCUCUACUCCCCUCUCCCCUCUCAUCCUUUUUCUCUCCUCUCUUCUCCUUCAUCCUCCCCUUCAUCCCUAUACUCUCCUCUCCACCUUCUCCUUUCUCUCUACUCGUCUCCUUCAUCCCUCCUCUCUCUCUCCUCUCCCUUUAUCCCUCCUUUCCCUCUCCUCUCUUCCCCUUCAUCCUCCUCUCUCUUUCCGCUCCUCUCUCACCUCCCCUUCAUCCCUAUUCUCCUCUCCCUCUGCUCCUCUCCUUCAUCCCUCUCUCUCCUCUCCUUUUCCUCCUCCCUCUCUCUCUUCCCUUCAUCCCUACUCUCCUCUCCAUCUCCUCCCCUCUCUCUACUCCUCUCUUUCAUCCCUCCUCUCUUUCCUAUCCUUUUCCUCCUCUCUCCUCUCCUCCCCUUUAUCGUCCUCCCUCUCUCUCCUUCUCCUCUCUCUCCUCCCCUUCAUCCCUACCCUUCAUCCCUCCCCUUCCUCUCCUCUCUUCGCCUUCAUCCUCCUCUCUCUCUCUCUCCUUCAUCCCCCUUCUCUCUCUCUCUCUCCUCUCCUUUUCCUCCUCCCGCUCUCUCUCCUCUGCUUCAUCCCUCCUCCUCACUCUCCCCCUCUUUUCCACCUCUCCUCCCCUUCAUCCCUCCUCUCCUCACAUCAAAGUGCUGGCUGACACAGACUCUCUCCUUAUGUUGACGUCUGGGUCCUGUUCAAACGUCCGUAAGCUUCUCUGA